UCAGGGAUCGGAAUGUAACCGUGUAAGCUGCAUGCAAGGGUCUCGAUAAGGCCAAACCGAGCCAAAUCGAAAGCAGACAGGUAUAAGCUGGUUGCAUGCCCUGCAGCUAAAAGGGGUCUGGGGUUGAGGAUCCUGCCGCGGAGAGCUCCAGAUAUCCGCCUCGAACUUAACCAGCAGAAGCACAACUCGUUGGUUGCCUCGGCCUUAUAGUUGGGUCCCCGCCGCCGGCCAGCCCACCGAGCUUAUUCUCGCCGGGCCCACAGAGCUUCGUCCGCCUAGACUCGCGUCUGUCGCAUCUCGACCCCUCCGCUGCUCUUCUUCAUCUUGGUUAUUUCUACAAGAGAAUUGUUCUUUUCCAUUCCGUGGAUUUUGCGUACAAUCGCACUGGCUAGGGUCAUACCAAUGGACGGGAAUACUUAUGUUGCGACUAAAAUGACCAGAGUGUAACGUCCCGCCGGUUCCCCAGCUCGAAGAUCACCCACGUGCGGCCCGAACCCCGGAUCGGUCCGGGUACCAGCGGCGGUAUCAGCCAACCUCUGAAUCGGACAAGAACGCCUAUCACCAACAAUCGAGAGCGUCAGCAUCAUCUUGUGAUUAUCGCGACGGCAAACUCCUACUGGUGUAAAACAGCCAAACAAGCAGGAGUGCUCGGGCACACCCCAUUUUAAUCAUGUCGGGACGUAGCGCCUACGUACGCAAAAAGAUCACUGAACCAAAGGGCAAGGCCCAGCAUGGACCAGACGCAAAUCUUGAUGAAUUACCCACGUUGGCCCUGGGGCCAUCCAGGCAGGACUCGGCCAGAUUGGGAACUGCCCAUGGACGUGGUCCUCGUCCCCAAGACCUAACAGUGGAUGGUGAUGUUCUGUCCAUAGGGGACAGUCAAAGCAGCGGCAGCAUUGAUGGCCGGAGACUCGAUUCAGCCCAGCCGAAGCAUCCUCUGGAUGACUUUGCGUACGCUCGAGCCAGGAAGCCCACCAUCAAGGCGGAGGAUAUUUCGGGUGUGGGUAUCUCCAAGAGUGGAAUGAGGUCUGUGAUGGACCAGAACAGUGAAAAGGUACGGAAGGGAAUCGCAAAAGCCUUCACCUUCGGCGGGAAGAAGACCAGGCGCGAUGAGGUGAUCAGGCCACAAGAAAUCAGACCCGAAUCGUCGGCGACCGUGCGGCCAGGCCAUUUACCUCGUGGAGGAGAGUCUGAGCCAUCACCCCUUGAGGAUCGAGAGCAGCCGCCAUACCCGCAGGCGAACUACACCUAUGACCCACAAUGGGACGCAUCCCUUGGGCCGGCCUCGCCGCCUCCAGUGACCAAAUUACCCGCACUGCCUCCUCCAGCAUCGACGCCCCAGAUCAAGCGGUGGACAGGCACAGGGAGGCCAGUGCAACGGUGGAACAAGCUGCGGAAAGACCCCGAACUCUGGGACCCGAACGGUGAUGUCUUGGUGUACCUAGGCCACAGGGGGCAGAACCCCCGACCAAACCCGUCCUUCAGACUCUCCUCCCAUGUGAUAGAAGCGACAGAAUCCCGGCCCCUCAUCACCAUGCUCCGAGAAGGGUCCACCGAGGACGAAAUGACGCUCUUGCCAUCGCCAAGGGGCGCGCCGCCGAUGUUAUUACCGCGGCAGAGCAGCGUGUCAGCUGCUGCUCGAGAUCAAAUGGCCGCCGGCCAGAGACCCCAGGCGAGCAGUCGAAGCGGUAGCCAGGCCACGCCGCCUCUUUCGGAGGACACGAUCCUCACCAACACGGAUGGUCAGAUUAGUUAUGAGAUAUUCUUCUCCCCGCCAUCCAACGCGAGCAAGACCGAACAGAUCCGUUACAGCGUGUCGGUGCGCAAUCUGUUUGGCAUACUCCACCAUGCUUCCCUGGUUGGGCUCUCGCUGUGCCAGGCCCUCUCGGAUCUCCAUUCACGCAUGGAACAGUUCAUGCCGCAGGCGGACACGGAUAAUCUGAGCACAAUCCUGGCCUACCUCGGUGCGCGGGGCAUCGAUGAUGUCCGCAACGACGCAGAAUCAGCCAUAAGUCUUUUGGCAUGGUGCGAGGACCCCAAGGUUCGCUGGGAGGAGGGCUGGCGUGAGAGUUUCUUGCACGUGGCCGGCAUGUACGGCAGCCUGAGAGAGCGAUCGCUGAUGGAGUCGUCGCCCGACUUCAAGAGGAUCAGCCCGAUCACCAGGGCUCUCCUGGAAAGAGCAAGCCUGGAGAUGCAUCUUCGAGUACAGGCUGCCGAGGAACCACUGAGUACCUUUUCGUUCGAGGACAUGUGGCCGGCCUCACUCUCGUUUAUAUCGCCGGCCUCUGGGCCAGUUGUCGCAAGCCCGGCGAAGGCAAGUGCGGAUCGGUUGCAGAGGUUCCUCCUUUCGUACUACCGAAGUACGUGGGGACGAUGGCCACCGCCACCGCCUCCCGACACGGUCACCUCGGAUGAGAGCGACGAGCCGUUGUGGCUCACGCGGACGGUAGUGCAGGCGCUGCAAAAAGACUUUGGUACACUGUACGACUAUCUCGUCAAUCGCGACAUCGUAUGGGACGGGUCCGAGACACGCUCGUCAAGGAAGUGGCUGAUGGUGUCCGAGAGCGGCAACAAGGCGUUUGAGGCUGAUACUGAUGAGCUGCCAAUGACGGACGUCCUCAUAGAAUACGACAACAAGCAGCGGUUCCCACACAUCCCACACCCAUACCCCUUGGUCCCCGAGUCCAUCCCACCCGCGGCCAACACGGCAGCCUCGGCGGCCAACAGCAAGGGGAGGAAGCGAAGCAAGACCGGCGGCGAGGCCGUGCCCGCCGCGACCCCCGGCGGCCCUCAGCGGCCAGGAGCCGUGGAGCGACGGAUCCAGCUGGCCUACACCGAGGCGACCAACGUCUACGUGCUCGGCAGCGACUUCGCCCAGACGGAUCUGAUCGACGCCUUUGUCAAGUUCGAGAAGACGGACCGGAUCGGCGAGAUCGACCCGAGCCUGGCGCGCCGGGGCCGCUGGAUCCUGAUCUACGGCAUCCUGCAGAGCCUCGCGAGCGUGUCGGCCGACGCGCCGAUAGUGCGGUACUCGGACGGGGUGGACUACCACCUGGGGCCGCGCCUCAAGGGCGCCAGGCUCCCGCCGUGGGCCAAGAAGGGCAAGCAGCCGGCGAGCAUCCAGCCGCAGGAGGCGUCGCACGAGCUCUCGUACUGCUGGCUCGCGCCGCGGGCGUGGAACAACAGCAACACGUCGGCGAGCGAGGAGGGCGGCCUGGACAGCCAGGAGGUAUCCGACGACAACAACUCGCCCAUCGACACGAGGCAGGGGUACUCGUUCCCCCAGCCGCCGCACCCUUCGCUGUCGGCCACGCUGUCGGGCGUUGGUGGUGGCGGCGGCGGCGGCGGCCGCGGGUACACAUCGGCGCAGUCGAGCCGGGCGCCGAGCGCCAGCGGGCAGAGCCGGGGCUACCACGCGGGGACCAGCUACGCGGGGAGCACGACCUCGUACGACGCGCUGAGCGACGCGGGGACGACGACGUCGUCGUGGCUGCACAUGUCGACGACGUCGUCGGUGACCACGGCGCCGCUGCAGGGCGGGCGGACGAGCAAGGCGUCGUCGAGGACGGGCGUGCGCGGGGUGGCGCGCAGCACGGAGGCGCUCGGCAGCCGGCGGGGCGGAGGGGCGCCGCAGCUGGCCAGCCCCGGGUCGUCGACGCGGCUCGACGAGGCGGAGGAGGCGGCAGAUGGCGGCGAGUGGCCCAUGCAGAUUGGGGGCCGGGAUCGGGACCGGGACCGGGACCGGGAGCGUGGCAAGCUUCACAUCUCGACGGAGAUGACCUCGUCGUCCGGGGGCAGGACGCGGCGGCGCGAGGGGUCUCGGCAGCGCAAGGAGAGCUUCGGGGUGGUCAGGGAGGGCGGCGAGGACAGCGAUGACCAGCAGUGGGUGGUGAGGAGGAUGCACAGCCGGCCGCUGCUGAGCCCGAGCGAGACGAGCAGCGUCGCGCAGGCCAUCAAGGACUUUGACGAGCUGGAUGUGGACGAUAUCAUUCCUCGGUAGGGUACAUACUCAGGCAGGGAAGGGUGCUGGGGGCAUGGGAGGUUUAUUACUAUCACAACAUUCACAUUUAGUCUAAAAAGUCUGGUGUGGGGAUUUUCGGAUGUUGGUGGGCUUUAUUUCUGGAAAUCAUAGCUAAUAUCUGGUAUCGAUGGGAUCUGCAUCGAGAUGGUGCAUGCAUCAACCUUAUUUCUUAGACACAAGUCUCCUUGUGUUAUUCCAUGCCACGCUAUGACGGCAACACACCACGUGGGGGACGGCAUCACAGCCUGACGGCGUGCCGUGUCUUGCUCCACGGCAGACAAGUCGGCCCGCAGCAGGAGACAUAGAUACGAAUUUGUACAGGAAGUAGAGGGCAAAUAUACUGUGUUACUAGA